AUGGCUUCCUCCGUCCCAUUUCCUUCAUCAUCAUCUCCCCAACCUGGCCAGAACACCUCCAGGAGACUCAGCUGCUCAGAGGACGACGUCUGUCCUAUCCCCGGCCUUCCAGCAAACAUUCUACACAUGCGAGUCAAAGAGAGAAGCAAGAUCCGCAACCUACUGCGGUUUGCAACAGCCCGCAUGCUAGGAGAAGGAGGAGACAGCAACAGGACAUCAGUGAGACAAGUGGUCUUCACAGGCUCGGGCAGGGGAAUCACCAAGACGGUCACCUGCGUGGAGAUCUUAAAGCGAACGGUGCUGGGGCUCCAUCAGCUGUCCAAACUUUACUACAAGAGUUCACAGCAGGGUUCACCGGAUCUGACCGUAGAGAGAACGGUCCCUGCCAUCUGCAUCCUGCUCUCCAAAGACCCUCUGGAUCCACAGGAACCCGGCUAUCAGCCCCCGCAAACUGUUCCCACAGAGGAUGCAGAGAGACGCAGGGGUCUGCUCAGGACAGCUGGCAGCCACUCCUCACAGCACAUGGACAAGAGGUUCUGUCUCAAUGACAGGACUUCAUGUCCCCCCAGCACCUCUGAGGUCUAA